AUGGCGUUGGCCGGAACCCUCAACGCCUCCACCGUCUUCUUCCUCCUCCUGCUGCUCCUCUCCUCGUCAUCUCCGACGACGCCGCGGAGGAGAUGGAGAGGCGGCGGCGGGUUCACCGUGUUCUGCCCGGCCGACGACGCGGUGGCGGCGUUCAUCCCGGCGUUCAGGGGCCUCACCGCCGACGCGAAGGUGGCGCUCCUGCUGUACCACGCCGUCGCGGCGCACUUCUCCGAGGAGGCGCUCAAGGCGAUCAACGGGGAGGUGAACACGCUGGCCACCGACGGCGGCGGAGGAGGCAAGGUCUUGAACCUCACCAUCGAGGAGGACGACGACGGCGCCGGAGCCACCGUGAAACUGUCGUCGUCGUCCGGGAACGUGGCGCGGGUGACCAAGACGAUCCAGGACGCGGACCCCCACGCCGUGUACCUCAUCGACGCCGUGCUAAUGCCAUUGGAUGUGGUGGUCAACGUCUCUUCCGGCGGCGGCGCGGCUGCCCCUUCACCGGCGCCGGUCACUUCACCUGCACCCGCACCUGCUCAGGCCACAAAUCCGUCCCCUUCGCCGGACAGCAAGCCCGACAAUCAGCCGGCCGCGGAGCAGCCUCCGGAGAACAGCGCGAGCAGGGGCGGCAUGGCAGCGUGGAGUCUGCUCUCGGUGGUCGUGCCGGCCAUAGCGUCGUUGGUGCUCCGGUGA